CAACUGCGCAGAAGUCCUAGAGGAGGCGUACUAACCCAAAAGAGUUAUCGAUAGAAUAUCGAUAAGACAGUCGGACAGCAUCGAGCCUUAAUUUUUAUGCUCUUAUAGCCGAGCUGGAAAAGAGUCUUAUUACUUAAGAUAUUUUUGAUGGAACAAAUAUGUUGACCUCGCAAUGGGUGUGCCGUCGCUGUAUCAAGGCACUAGCACAGCCUCUGAAUCGACAAUUCAUACGGUUAGCUAGUACAGAAUCACAGACGAAUCUACCCUCCGUUCUCCUCCAACGCGCACGGAAUAUAACCGCCGAACAUGACAAGCUCGCAGCCGACCUUGCCAAUGACUUCGACUCCAAGAUAGCUAAGCGUGUCGGCGAACUGUCCCGCGUCGCUCAGGCCUUGAAAGAAUGGGAAACCGCUCAAUCCUCUAUAGUAGAGCUUACUGCUCUCUUACAAUCACAGGAUACCGAGUUACGUCAACUAGCCAAAGAUGAAUUAUCCGCAACCAAUGCCAAGUUUAAUUCUUUGGCCACUGCUCUGUCCGCUUCUCUUACGCCACGUGACCCCUUCGCUGAUAUGCCUUGUCUACUCGAGGUGCGCCCGGGGCCCGGCGGCAUGGAAGGUCGCUACUUCGCAGACGCGGUAUUCCGCAUGUACCGGCAGUACUGUAUACGCAAGGGCAUGCGCACAAGCAUUCUGAAGUACGAGACAGUAGACGGCGGCGAGUCUUUAACCGGUGGUUCGAGCGAGUCUCCGCUUCAAGAGGCGGUGCUCGAGAUUUUGGAUGUGGGCGCAUUCGACCAGUUCCGCGGCGAGGCGGGCAUGCACCGCGUACAGCGCGUGCCGUCUACAGAGACAAGUGGGCGCACACACACGAGCGCCGUUGCGGUAUGGGUCUUGCCAUCGUUCCCCGAGGACGAGAGCGAUAUGCCAAACGAGCAGAGUUUCAACGAUCCCAAUAGCAUAUUUUACGUAGACCCGCGAGAGGUCAAGGAAGAGAAGAUGCGCGCAAGCGGGGCAGGUGGCCAGCACGUCAAUAAGACAGAGAGUGCCAUAAGGUUAACCCACGAGCCGACAGGCAUCACGGUAUCGAUGCAGGAUUCGCGGUCACAGCACCGUAACCGGCAGUCGGCGUGGACAUUGCUACGAUCGCGUAUCGGCCAGCGCCGACGUGAGGAGCGCGAAGAAGAGGCAUGGGCGCUGCGCAAUAGCGUGCUAAGCAAAGACAAGAUCACUCGCGGCAAUAAGAUCCGCACCUACAACUACAGCCAGGACCGAUGCACGGACCAUCGAAGCGGCUUGGACGUACACAACCUACCCGACGUGCUGGAGGGUGGAGAAACACUAGACAAGAUUAUGGAGAGCACGAAAGAGUGGCUGAUAAAGAGAGACAUCGAGGCGCUGAUCGCCGAGGAAGAGGCUGCUGCGGCGCCUACGACUAAGGGGACGAAGAAGACGAAGAAAUGAGUCUUCUUGUCUCUCUUGUAUCAAUAAAUAGCAUUGUGUUAUUUGAUUUACGACAUGGACGAUGUAUAUACACCUCGCGUGUAAGAGGCCUCUUAGUAGUGAGCUGGCUUCAAUAGAGAAUCAUCUACUGCCCUCGAAUUUCGAAGUGCCACGAUACCUAAACCUACCGACCGUAUUCUUUAGAUAGAUAAACACAUAAAUCUAGUGGAUCGAUUCCCAGUGAGCCGGUUUAAACCGACAUCUCCCCAAUGGAACGUUUUUUCGUCAUUUCAACGUCUUCUGCGUCUUCUGUACAUAAUCCUUACAUACCCUUACAUACGUGCUAGGAAAAGCUUAUCAGGAAGCUUGGUAACGGUUCCUGGCGAG